UGCUCCUCCGCUAUUAACCAUUCCAACCUCCCCCCAACUCACACCCUCCUCGUCUUUUGACGCAGUCCUCUCUCCCUCUCUCUCUCUCAUGCAAACCGGAUCCAUCAUCGCCGCUCCUCGACCGCUCUCGCUGGGAACCACCCUCCCCCACCAUGCUGGCUCUCCCUUCAACUCCCUCGGAUGCCGACGAGCCUCCUUCCGACCAUUCAAAACCACCGCCACUGCCGCCACCUCCACCACGACCCACCUCGCCAACCUCGAGCGCCUCCUCCAGAAGCAGUCCCCUCCCCCUCCCCUCCCCACUCCCAACCCCGGCAAAGACCCGGAUCCCCCAAACGACGGCGGCGGCGGCGGCGGCGGCGGUCUCCUCCAAGCCCUCCACCUGCCACCUCUCUUUCCGUCUGCUCGCAAGCAGCCGGAGGAGAUCAUGUCCCCCCGGAGCCUCACUCGCCUCCACCGCCUCCUCUCCGACUCUUCUCGCCACUCCCCCCGGAGCACCAUCGCCUCCAGGUGGCGCCACUACCACGGCGCCGCCGACUGGGCCGGCCUCCUCGAUCCCCUAGACGAGAACCUCCGGCGCGAGCUCGUCCGCUACGGCGACCUAGUCCAGGCCGCCUACCACGCCUUUUAUUCCCAACCCGCCACGAAGCCGGAUGCGCCCCGGCCCGUCUCCCUUCCCGACCGCUCCUACCGCGUCACCCGCUCCCUCUUUGCCACCGCCUCCGUAGAGCUCCCCCCUUGGGUCGACCGCCUCGUCGAUCCUUCGAUGACCCAGCGCUCCAGCUGGAUAGGCUACGUCGCCGUCUGCGACCACGACCACGAAAUCCACCGCAUGGGUCGCCGCGACAUCGUUAUCGCCCUCCGCGGCACCGCCACGUGCCUCGAGUGGGCCGAGAAUUUCCGCGCCGGUCUCGUCCCGAUCGAUGACGGCAAUGAUAAUGACGAAAAGAACGAGAAUUCGGCGUCGAAAUCGCCCAAGGUGGAAUGCGGUUUUUGGAGCCUGUACAAGACGGCGGGCGACCGCGUCCCGAGCCUAUCGGCGGCGGUGGUGGAGGAGGUUCGUCGGCUCUUAAAUCAGUACAAAGGGGAGGAAUUAAGCAUAACCGUGACGGGGCACAGCCUCGGCGCGGCCCUGGCGGUGCUGGUGGCGGACGAACUGAGCGCGACCAUACCGGACGCGCCGCCUAUUGCCGUGUUCUCCUUCGGCGGGCCGCGGGUGGGGAACCGAGCCUUCGUCGACCAGGUGGAAGGCCGGGGAGUGAAGGUGCUGCGUGUCGUGAAUGCGCACGAUGUCGUCACGAGGGUGCCAUUCGGUGUGGUGCCGGCUGGCUUCAAAUGGUGGCCGGCGAAGGUUUUGGAGGGGAUCGAUGGUUACGCCGACGUCGGGAGGGAGCUGAAGGUGGACAGCCAGGCGUCGCCAUACCUGCGGCCGGACGCCGACCCGGCGUGCUGCCACGACCUGGAGGCCUAUCUCCACCUGGUGGACGGCUUCAUGGCGACCAACUGCCCGUUUAGGUCCAAUGCCAAGAGGAGUUUGGCCCGGUUGUUGAGUCAGCAGGGGGGCAACGUCAAGAAGCUCUACAUGAGCAAGGCCCGGGAACUCCGGGCGGCGGAGCUCGACCUGUCCGCCACCGCCGGCGACGGCGCCAGCUGCUGGUCCAACGUUCCGGGUUGCCUCGCCAGCCCCUCGUCGUGAUGCGCGUUGAAGAAUGGGCAAAGAUCAUUGGUUUCUGUACGGACGUACGGAUCAUUCAAUUAAUUAUUUUUAUAUACGUAGCAAGGAAGGGAUACGAAAAACAUUGGGUGGACAGGGUUGGAUGUAUUAAUCACACCAAACAUGUACAUGAGAUUUUUAUUUAUUUAUUUAUUUAU